GGCGGAGAGGAGGAGAAGAGGAGGAGGGGGGGGGCGACGGUCGGUCGGUCCGGCGGAGGUUGAGGAGGAGGCGGAGGAGGCGACGGCGGCGACGACCGGUGUGUGUGAGGAUGGACACGCUGGGCAGGAAGGUGGUGGUGUGCGACAACGGCACCGGGUUUGUGAAAUGUGGUUAUGCAGGCUCAAAUUUUCCAGAGCACAUUUUUCCAGCUUUGGUUGGAAGACCCAUCAUAAGAUCAACUGCUAAAGUGGGAAACAUUGAAAUCAAGAAUAACAAAAAGAUGGAUCUCAUGGUUGGCGACGAAGCAAGUGAACUCCGCUCGAUGCUGGAAGUUAAUUAUCCCAUGGAGAAUGGCAUAGUUCGGAACUGGGAUGAUAUGAAGCACCUCUGGGAUUACACGUUUGGACCAGAAAAACUUAAUAUUGACACAAAAAAUUGUAAAAUACUGCUCACGGAACCUCCCAUGAAUCCAACUAAAAAUAGGGAGAAGAUCGUGGAGGUGAUGUUUGAGACGUACCAGUUUUCUGGGGUGUAUGUAGCCAUUCAGGCCGUUCUUACUUUGUAUGCUCAAGGUCUGUUGACUGGUGUUGUUGUGGACUCUGGAGAUGGUGUAACUCACAUUUGCCCAGUUUAUGAAGGUUUCUCUCUCCCUCAUCUCACCAGACGGUUAGAUAUCGCUGGGAGGGAUAUCACUAGGUACCUCAUUAAGCUCCUCCUGCUGCGAGGGUAUGCUUUCAACCACUCUGCUGACUUCGAGACGGUUCGCAUGAUCAAGGAAAAACUGUGUUACGUGGGGUACAACAUCGAGCAGGAGCAGAAACUGGCACUAGAGACCACAGUACUAGUCGAAUCCUACACGCUCCCAGAUGGCAGGAUUAUCAAAGUUGGUGGAGAACGGUUUGAGGCACCGGAGGCUCUCUUCCAGCCUCACUUAAUCAACGUAGAGGGGGUUGGUGUGGCUGAAUUGCUGUUUAACACCAUCCAGGCCGCUGACAUUGAUACCAGGUCUGAAUUCUAUAAGCACAUCGUGCUGUCUGGAGGGUCCACCAUGUACCCUGGGCUGCCUUCGCGACUGGAGCGGGAACUUAAACAGCUCUACCUGGAACGAGUUCUGAAAGGAGACGUGGAAAAACUCUCGAAAUUUAAGAUCCGGAUUGAAGAUCCGCCUCGUCGAAAGCACAUGGUGUUUUUGGGCGGCGCGGUUCUAGCAGACAUCAUGAAAGACAAAGACAACUUCUGGAUGACCCGACAAGAAUACCAAGAAAAGGGAGUGCGUGUGCUGGAGAAGCUUGGUGUGACUGUUCGAUAAAUCCCAAAGCUUGUUCCCAUCACAUGUCUAAAGCUUUUUGUUUUGGGUUUUUGUUUUGGUUUUUUUUUUUUCUUUCAUUGCCAAUCUCUGAACUCACUCAGCUACACGCUAUGGAAGGGCCUGUCUGUGGCCUUUUGACCCAAAGGUCAGGUUUUGUUCUGGUUUCUUGGGGUAGCUUUUGUUAAAUGUUUCUUAAUGUGGCUAAAUUUGACUAUUAAAUUUGACCACUUCCCUGCAAACAAAACAGAGCAAGAGCAGCCUGUCUACUUCAUUGUUCCUUCCCAGUAGGCAAUUGGGUAAUUCUGGUAGGCUUUUUCUUCUGGGUUUAUUGCUAUAGUCCUGCUAGCUUUUGUCUCUAGUUCACAAUGGGUUGUGUGCCUUUUUUUAGCAUAAGAAAAAACAAAAACAACUUUUAAAGAGAAGCUUUUGCUAUUGGAUCAUCGUGGUGGUUAUCUUUGCAUCUUUUUGCCUCUCUCUACAUUAAGAUUUUAUUUUGGUUUUUUCUUUCCUGCAAUUAGGAAAUGUCGAUUAAACAUUUUUAUUUUUUUUUAGAAACUAGUUGAACUAGCUGGAAUGGCUUUAACACGCUGUUUCCAUGUAACGUGGUUCCGUCCGCGCUGCUGCCUGAACUGGCUUCUGAGGUGGUUUAUCCUUAAAGGUGGUGGUAGUAGUUCUGGAAGUUGCCACAAAGGGAGAAACACCUGGUAUACUCUGGCAAAUGUAAAAUUGUGGCCUUAGGUGUCUUUUUUUUUUUUCUGGAGGGAGGAGACAGGUUGGAGCUGUGUUGCUUUUUUGUUAAGGGACAGCUGGGGGGUCAGUCUGACCAAAAAAAAAUGCCUCUUUUUAUAGCUCAAUUUUUGGUACCGUGUUGUCUCAGCAUAGGGAGCGAGAAUGUUAAAUUAGCCGUUCUGUAAUUGUGGAGAAACUUAGAUGUGCUGAGACAGGAGCCUCUAAACUUCUGAAGAGAUUGAAUACUUUCAGAAAUGCUUGUGAAAAUUGUAACUAUAGAUACUCAACCCCCCCCCCCAACCAAGUUUUAAAAGUUGGAUGUUUUAAGUGCUUAUAUGUACAUCAGAAGCACUUCCAUUAAACUUUACAAGUAUAUUAACCUAGUGCCAAGUAGUUAUUGCAAAUGAAUAUUUUGGUGACCAGUGUUUAUUGCAGCAAGCAGAUAUUUAUAAACAACCACUGGCAGUAGGUUAUAAAGAAUGACCUAUAUUUGUUCCAGUUAAAAAUAACAUUGGAAUCUGAGAUGUUGUUGGUUGGUAAAUAUCCACAAUUCAUUUUGUCCACUCUUGAUUUUUUUGAUGCUUAACGUGUGAUGGGGAAGGAAGUGAAAACCAGUGAUUAAAAUGCUGUUUCCAGAAAGUACAUUAAAGCUGAGUUAUUCUGAAAAAUGGAAGUUGUCACUAGUAAUUAUCAGCCAUCUUCUCAGAGUAUAGUUGCCUCUAUUUUUCUUCCUACUAGCGGACUUGGUAACUAUCUUUGCAAUAAAAUCUGCCUUAUAUAAAGCAUAGCAAAAAAACAAACAAACAAACCAAACCUCCUUGUGUACGAAUGGCAGUUAGACUUAGUUCUACUUUGCUUUUCGUGGAAAUAUUCUAUCACUUCUUCCUGGUUUUCCGAGCCUACCGUAACAUUUAAGCGUAAGGAAGUGAAGUUCUGGUUUUUUGACUUGCAAACCCUGGAAUGUACGAGAGAUGCUUUCGUGUACUUGCCAUUUGUCUGCAUCUUUCCAGUAACAAUUGACCCCAGGAACACGGAAAUAUUCAACUCCCUUGGACUCUUAAAAUUUGCUUUGCUUUUCUAAAUGGAGCCGACAGCUUCCUUUUGGCUGGGAGCGCCAAAACAGGCAGAAUCCACGUCUGCAUUUCUUUAAUAACAAGACAGUCACUAUAGUAUUGCUAGUAAUGACCGUUUAAUUAUAGGUGGGUGGGGUUUUUUGCAGCUAUAUUUACUCUUAACUUGAAAAAUAUGAAUUUACAGGCAUGCCGGUCGUGCCUCAGUGCAUGCACUUAAGCAGUUACUACAUUUUUGGGGAGACGUGAAUGUAAGGGGUACUCUGAAUUCCUGUAGUCUUCGGAGCAUUUAAUACACAAGAUUUUAAAACUGCUGUGAGCUUGCUUUUAGGGCUAGGGUUUCUCAUGGGACUGUCUCUGGGCUUUUCGGACAGCAUUGAGACUCAUGGAAAUAAACCAAAGAAUGAUUUUUAAAUAUUUUUUUUUUUAAAUGACAAUCUGUCAUGUGAUUUAUUAUUUUUUGGGUUGUUUUUUUUUCUUUUCAAAUCUAGCCCUUGAACCUGCAACCUCUUUUCUAAACCGUCUUCUCCCUUUAUUCAUUGGCCUUGGUCAGGUAUGUGCACGUUGGAGUAAAGGUUUUUGGAAUUUGGCCCUUUCACUAGAGAACUUCACAGCACCAUGAGUAAUAAAUGUCAGUUGAUUGUGCAGAAGCUUGGGUUUCCAUGGAAACCGUGUAUAUAUUUAAAAAAAAAAAUAAAAGAGGAAAGGUAACUAGCAUUUUAAAUUCCAGCAAUCAUGGAUGCAGAAGAACGCAUGCGUAAUCCAAAUACUGACUGGGGUGUUCCAGUUGUGCUCAGCGUGGCUCACCGCGCGUGUGUUUGCACACACCAGAGCGUGUGUGUGUGUGUUCUCUCAGCUGACAGCUUCGAUAUUGCCAUGAAAGCAAUCUGGUUUUCAAGUGGGUUGGGUUUUCUUUUUUGGUGGGUGGUUUUGUUUUUUUUUUUUUUGGGGGGAAAGACCAAAUAACUUGAGUUGUAUUUGCGAUAUGCUUCAGCUCCUAUAAAAUUAGAAUAGAAGAUGCCGCAUCAGUUGUUAAGUUUUUUGGGAACAUCCUAUUUUUAAUGUUAAGCUGCUUCAAACCCCUCCCUUCCCCCCUGCCUCCAAGUGUUCUAGGAUGUUAACCGAUGUAACACAAACGGCUUUUUAUACAGUAAUGAAUUAUGUUAACACACAACACUGGUUGAGACCAUGAAUGGAAAUAAACAGCUAUUUAAAUUGACAGGUCUUUUCAAUACAAAAAUAAAAUCAGAUUUUUUUCGAAGUA